AUGAUCGGUCUUGAUCUCUCCUUUUUUAUAUCCCUUGGAGAUACUCCCCCCGUGAGUUCAGAGGUCUUGAAGCCACUCUUUAGCAUUAGAAGCUUGAUGAAACUCGUCGUCUCCCAAAUUGGAAUUGUUGGAGAAAUUCCUUCUGAUGGCUUUGCUAAUUUCACUAAUUUGGUUUAUCUUGACAUGAGGUAUAAUUUCUUCAAUGGCUCCAUUCCUCAUUUGUUUCAUCUCACAAGUCUCCAAUACCUUGAUCUGAGCGGCAAUCUCUUUGAAGGGACCCUAAGUAGUGAAGUGGGUGCACUUCAGAAGUUGAAGACAUUGAACUUGGAUGGGAACCUUCUCCAUCAACAGAUCCCAGCCGAGAUCGGGAACCUCACUCGUCUUCAACAAUUGACGCUUUCCAAUAACAAGUUCUCCGGUAGAAUCCCUUCCACAGUCUUGAAUUUGAAGGACCUGGCAAUCUUGGACUUGAACAACAAUUCUUUGUCAAUGGAGAUUCCGGCUGGGAUUGGUGAGAUGUCCAAUCUAUCUACUUUGGAUUUGAGUAGAAACAAAUUGAUCGGUGGAAUUCCAUUAUCCGUACAGAAAUUAAGCAAGUUGGAAAUGCUCUGGUUGGGGAACAACCUAUUGUCUGGAGUAAUCCCUCUGUGGUUGUUCCAUAUCAAGACUCUCCAUUACCUGAAUCUUGGUGGAAACAACCUCACUUGGAACAACACUAGUGUGGAGUUAGCUCCCAAAUGCAAGCUAUCUCAGUUAUCUCUAAGUUCUUGCCGCGUAGCUGGACGAAUCCCUGAUUGGCUUGCCACACAAAAGAGCCUCGAGUUGUUGGACUUGAGUGAGAAUGAGCUUGAAGGAACUUUCCCCCAAUGGCUCGUUGAAAUGGAUGACCUUGAAAUUUUAAUUCUUAGCGGUAACAAGCUCGUAGGUUCAUUACCACCUCCUCUGUUUCAGUCAAAAACCCUAUUAACGCUGGCUCUUUCGAGGAACAAUUUCUCCGGUGAACUGCCCGAGAACAUUGGGAAUGCUACUGCCCUUGAGAUACUCACAUUGAGUAACAACAGCUUUACAGGUUCAAUUCCUCAAUCCAUCACAAACAUGUAUUAUCUAACGCUGUUGGAUUUGUCGCACAACAACUUCUUCGGCAGUAGCUUCCCAAUUUUCCCAGACGUUUCGCUUCAAUUCGUUGAUUUGUCUUCCAACGAAUUCACAGGUGAGGUCCCACUGACCGCCUUUGGGGGGAAUACAUGGGUACUCGCAUUGGGACAGAACAAGUUCUCAGGCCCCUUACCUAAUAACCUCACACACUUGGGCGAGCUAGUACACCUUGAUCUCCAGAGCAACACUAUCACAGGAGAAUUGCCAGAGUCUCUCUCACAGAUCUCCACCCUUGAGGUUCUGAAUCUUCAUAACAACUCUAUCGGAGGCUCGAUCCCUGAGGCACUAUCCAAUCUUAGAAGCCUUCGGGGGUACGUUGACAUUUUUCUGGGUUGGCAAAAAUAUGAAGAGUUGAAUGUGAAUUGGAAGAAAUCAGUGCAAGGUCUGUCUAGCCUCAGCCUUGAUAUCUAUUGCUUACUGGACUUGUCGGAGAACCAAUUAUCUGGCGAAAUCCCUGAGUCCAUUGGUGAGCUUAAAGGACUAAAGUCUCUAAACUUCUCCUAUAACCAGCUCACAGGAAUGAUUCCAAAUAGUUUAGGUGAGCUAGACAGCACAGAGACGCUGGACUUAUCACACAACAAGCUUUCUGGUGUAAUACCACCCUCAUUUGCAAAGCUCCAACAGCUUACAGUAUUGGACCUGAGCAACAAUAAGCUGGAAGGUCCAAUUCCAAGGGGUAGUCAAAUGGACACCAUGGCCGAUCCAAAUUCUUAUGCCAACAACAGUGGAUUGUGUGGGAUACAAAUCAAGGUGUCGUGUCCAAUUCCUCCACCAGAAUAUGAACAUUCACCGAAGAACCCACAACAAAGAAAGAGUGAGGAGGAGAAAUGGUUUGUGUUGGAAGGUGCUGGAAUUGGUUUCUCGAUUGGAUUUGUCUCAACAAUAGGAACCAUCUAUGCUGCUGGGUAUUUUGAUCGUCCAACACCCCGGUGCCACCGUAGCUAUAGACGUCGCCACCAAGUUUAAGCUUCU